ACUCUCAUAAAUUCUCCCUAAAUUUUUCCAGUAAGAACAAAAAGAAAAGAAAAUGAUAAGAAAGCAGAAUGGAUGUGAGCCAAUCAUCAUCAUCUCCAUCUCUUCUGUUUAUCCUCUGCUACACAUAACAACAAUCUCUCUCUUCCUCUUCCUCCAACAUCUCACUCUCCUAAACCCAGGAGGAGCAAAUCAAUGGCAGAAGGUGGAGGAAGAAGAAUAGGAUCAGUAAAAGCCGCCAUCAACAUGUACGGACAAAUAGCUACUCGCACCGUCUCUCCUCAGCUAGAUUUGCCAGAAGCUAAGUCUGUUGCUGAGGACUUGCAUAAGUCAGGGAGAGAGCUUGGCAUGUACAGAGAUAGCAGAAAGGCUUCCGACUCUGCAAAGGCCAAAGCAGAAGCUGAACUAAGCAAGGCCAAGAAGACAGCGCUGGAGCUGACUUUACUUAUAGAGCAGUCAAAUCUCCGGUUAAAGUCUGUAAAGAAGUUAAAGAUCGAUGGAAACGGUAACUACGCUCAGAUCAUUCGAGAGUUAGAGGGUGUGAAGCAAGAACUGAGCAAGCUUAAGCUCGACGCAGCAUACGUUUUAAAAGAGAAGGUUGCGGCGGAGAAGGAAGUGAUGGAGUUAAGGGCUAAAACGGAAGAGAAUUUAAACUUGGUUGAGAGUCUUAAGCUUGAGGUCGACGCUGCGAACGAAGAGCAUGUUCUGGUUGAGUUAGCGAAGAUGGAGGCUUUGAAGGAAUGCAAAGAGGUGGAAGAGGAGAGAGAGAGGGAAAAGAAGGAAGCGUUAGAGGAAUUGGAGAAGAUGAAGAAGAGGACGAAGGAGAUGAAGAAAGAGAUAAAGAGAUCAAAGGAGUAUGAGAAUGUGUUGUCAGAGACUUUGGCAGACAUCGAGAUGUUGGAAACGCAGUUAAGCCUUGUUAAGGACAUGGAGAGGAAGGCUCCCAAGAACCAAAGAGGGAAGAAGGACGCUUUGACGGUUUUGAAAGAAGUUACGGAAGAGACGGAAGCUAAGAAGGAGGAGCUCGCUUCUGUUAACGCGGAGCUUCUUUAUCUCGGCGGUAUAAUGGAUGCGUUGAGUAAAGAGCUUGAGGAAGUUAAACGAGAAGCGGCUCGGUUUGAGAAGGUUAUACGAAAGGAUGAUGAAAUGAUUGAGAGACUCAAUACAAAGCUGCUUAUGGCGAAAGGUAGACUAGAAGCAGUGUCUGCAGACGAAGAAAGAAUCAGCUCUCUUGCUGAUAAUUUAAUCUGUUCUUUAGAGAAGUUAAAGAAUGAUAAAGAAGUUGCAAAGAAAGAAGAGGUUGAACUUAAAGAAGAAGCAAAGAUCAUCAAGAAAACCGAAAUGGGGUUUGGUGGAAAAAAGAAAGAGUUGCUUUCUAAAUUAGAUGAGCUCGAGAAGGCGAAGCGAGCAGAGGGUCUAGCACUAAAGAAGCUUGAAUCAACGGCAGAGAGGGCAAUGGAAACUAGAGAAAUGGAUUCUCAGAGUAGCUCAACCAUCACAAUCUCUAGAUUCGAGUACGAGUAUCUGAGUGGACAAGCGCGUCACGCCGAAGAAACCGCGGAGAAGAAAGUGGAAGCAGCAAUGGCGUGGGUGGAAGCGCUGAAGGCAAGCACUAAGGAGAUUGUGAUGAAGACUGAGACUCUAGAGAGGGAGAGUGGGAAAACGAUGGUGGAAGAGGAGAGGGCGUCGUUUAGGAUGCAGAGGUCGCUGUCGAUAAAGAGACUGGUGCAGAACGAGAUUGAGAAGUUCAAGGAGGAAUCAGCAGAAGACAAAAGCAGCAGCUUGGUGGUCUCUUCUUCUCCUAAACCGGUGAGAAAGUCAGUGAGGAUUAGUGGGAGGUUUACUCCGGUUCAGGGAGGGAAGACGAGGAGAUACUCUUCGGGAAACAGAGGGACGACUCCGAGUUACUUUGUAAUUAAGAAGAAGAAGAAGAAAGUUCCGAACUUGGUCAAGUUUUUUAGCCGGAAGAGAGAUAAGUCGUCUUUAGAGCAAUGAGAAGUUUAGUUGUUUUGUUGUAGUGACUACUGAAAGUGUUUUUGCUUCCGUUUUAAGUUUCACAUUGUUGUUAACUUGUUAUUGGUUUAUUUGUUUGUAUCUUUGCUAUAUUUUGUGUAUACCUAGGUGUAUAACAGUGAUGCAGUAUUGCAUUCUAUAAACAGAGUAAUACUUUUUUUCUU